CGUCGAUCACUUCGUUGAUACCCCCUCUUGUUUGCCUCCCAUCGCUUCUUUGAUCUAUCCUCAUUCUUUGCGCGUGCCAGCUCUCUAUCACUUCAAAAUGAAGACUUUCUCGCUUUCCAUGGUGUUGUUGGCUGCUGCCAACCUUGCCAAUGCUGCUAUCUCCGUCAGCGACUGCGCACAAAUGUGCGUCGACAACAUGAACAACAAGGCUUCCGAGUUGGGUUGCUCUAGCGGCGAUCUCAGCUGCUUGUGUAACAACGUCAACUACAGCUAUGGUAUCCGCGACUGCACUGCGCAGGCCUGCCCUGGUGACAACGCUGCCGCUGUGCUGUCCACGGCUCUGGCUUCCUGUCCUAGCUCGACUAGCGGCUCUAGCUCGGGCUCGUCGGCCACCGGAACUGCUUCUGGCACUGCCUCUGGAACCACCACUGGCGUUGCGGGCGUCUCGACCAACUCUGCUUCGACCUCCAGUGGCAGCGGUACCACCAGCGGUACCUCCAGCGGCACGGGUGCGGCUACCACCACCACCGUGACUACUGGAACCAACUCUGGUACCACCAGUGGCGCAUCCACUACUUCUGCUGGAACUACCAAGACCACCAUCACUAGUGCCAUCACCAGCACAACGCUGAGCACUGCUACUCUCAGCAGCACUGGUUCUUCGGCUUCUGGCACCGGUUCUUCUUCCACCGGCAGCUCCGGUAGCGGCUCUUCUGGUAGCUCCUCCACUGGCACCGGCACUGCCCCCGCAAGCUCUUCGACCUCCACCGGCGCUGCCUCUCAGUUGAACGUCGCUGGCAGCGGUGCUCUCGGCGCUUUCGGACUUGCUGCCAUGCUUCUCAUCUAAAUGAACGGUUACGAUAGGUUGGUCGCUUAAUCUUGGCUGCGGUCGCGUCCAGCAUCGAAGCACAACUUUGACU